AUGAUUUGUUCAACAAUUGAAAAAGAGAUUGUCGAUGCUUGUACUAAAGAAACAAUUAAAGCUAUCAUCAAAGACUUAGAUGGUGAUUAUUUUGGAAUACUAGUUGAUGAGUCAAAGGGCAUUUCACAGAAAGAGCAAAUGGCACUAGUUUUACGAUAUGUUAACAAAAACGAAGAGUUGAUAGAAAGCUUUUUGGAUAUUGUUCAUGUGGGUGAUACAUCCGCAAGACAAUUGCAAAAAGUAAUUUACUCUUUACUUUUGGAUCACUCGUUAUACCUAUCAAGACUCCGUGGACAAGGUUAUGAUGGAGCUGGUAAUAUGCAAGGAGAAAAACAUUGGGACUUACUUCGACAACACCAAGUUGAGAAGUUGGAAGAAUUGCUUAAAUUUGGAGAAAUUCUUACCAGACAAGGAUUAAAUCGAGAACGUGGCCUCCAACGAUCGGGUGAUACUCGUUGGGGAUCCCAUUUCAAGACCUUCGAAAAUUUCAUGAUUAUAUUUUCUUCAAUUGCUAAUGUGCUUAAAGAUAUGAAAGAAGAUUCUCCACAUGAUCUUGACAAACUUGCAGCAGAUGUUGCUUCUGAAUUGAACAAAGCUUUACAAAAGAAAGAUCAAGAUAUUGUCAAUGCUAUGGGAUUGCUUAAUCUUUCAAACAGAAGAUUACAAACAAUGAGAGAGAGUGGUUUGGAGUCUUUGAUGGAUGAGGUUUCUUCAUUUUGUGUUAUUGAUUUGCAACUUCAGGAGCUCAAUAAUCGUUUUGAUGUUGUGACUAGUGAUUUAUUCCUUGGUAUGGCUAGUUUGAAUCCGGUUGAUUCAUUUGCUAAUUUUAGUAAGAGCAAAAUAAUGAAGUUGGCUGAAUAUUAUAAAAGUGAGUUUGGUGAUAAUGAACUUCGAGAUCUCAGUUAUCAGCUUGAUAGUUUCAUUGUCUAUGCUCGAGAGUGUGAUAGCAAGUUUCUCAACUUGAAGGGGAUUAAAGAUCUUGCUACGAUGAUGGCACAAACAAAAUUGGAUCAAACUUGGUCUCUUGUUUAUUUUCUUGUAAAGUUGGCUUUGAUUUUGUAUGUUGCUACGACAAGUGUGGAAAGCGCAUUCUCCACAAUGAAGCUCAUCAAAAAUGGUCUAUGUAAUAGCAUUGGUGAAGAAUUUUUGAAUGGUUGUUUAGUUUGUAAGAUAGAGCGGAAGAUAUUUGAAAAUAUAAGUAAUGAUGCUAUUAUAGAUCGUUUUCAAAAUAUGAAGUCUCGUCGAGUACAAUUGUAA